GAGUCUCUCCCUUUCUUUCCUUCUCGUCACCAGCACUUUGUCUCCGCGCCUUCCCAAAGCACAUCUUCGAUCACCUUUUUCGUCAUCAUCUUUACAAUCAUACUUCCUCAAAACUAUCCAUCUAAGAUAUCGAGUGAGAGAGAGAGAGCGGGGGAAAUGACAGAUUGGGGGUCAGUGUUCGUGGCUUCGGUGCUGUUCAUCCUCCUAACUCCGGGGAUGUUGUUCCAGAUUCCGGGCCAGCACCGGUACGUCGAGUUCGGCAAUUUUCAUACUUCUGGGGUUUCGAUACUUGUUCACUCUAUCCUCUACUUGGCUUUCAUGUGCAUCUUCCUGAUAGCAAUUGGCGUGCACAUGUACAUCGGCUCAUAGACGACAUAUCGAGUAAGGUUUCAUGCUAGAUAAAUUGUUGUACUUUUUUCUAAAUUAUGCAUUGUUUUGAGUGUCCCAUUUUACUGUGCUUAUGGAGUCGAUUUGAUAUGUAUCAAUGGAUUCAGACGCAAGAAUUUUUUAGGUAAUAUCCCUCACAAGGUGUUCCUCUGAAUUGUAAUCUCAUUACCUGUCAAAUUUAAUGAGAGAUUUAUUUGAACGAAACUAGUGCUUGUUCUCAUAUCCAGAAAUUGUAAGCAAUGCAAGUCCAAAAUUAGGGUUU